CGAUGGGUAAAUUAUUAAUUAAAACGAUUAUCUCCAUGUUGAUAUGUAAAACCCCCUGAACUUACUGAUCCAAAUUAUUACAAAGUAAUAAAACGUAAAGGUAAAAACGGGGGGUAAAAAUACAAUUAUUGAAUAUCUUAAUUUUUCUAAAUAUUGAAUGAGUUAAACUCAAACAAAAACUUAAAUACAUGAAAUAAUAACAAAAUAAUAAAAAAAACUACGUAAAACAGUAAGAAAAAACAGGUCUACCGAAGACAGCAUAACGAUAAAAUUAACAACAACAACAACAACAACAACAACAAGGAAACAUUAAGCAAUCAUGCAUUCUAAAGACGACUAUCUAAUCCGAAAAUUCCCAUGGAUGACAACUUUAAAGAGAAGCGUUAUUCUGUUAUUAUUUGCUGUCGUCAGCACAAUUGUUUUUUACAGUGUGGAGGAGUGCCUGCAGCAUAACAAAACACAAGUAAAACCAUACCAAGCUCAAGAAAUGAAAAGAUGCUUGGAAAUAGUAUUCGGAAGUCAUGUUGAGCGUUUCGCAAAGGAAAACAGUUCAUUGAUAAAUAUUACGUCAGCCGACUUCAUAUCACAAUGCCAAAAGGUUAUUUUGCCGGUUUCUGACAAUGAAAAACAUCACUGUAAUUUUACAUGGAAGCAAAUCAUGAAAUGGGCGUACCACGUGGUUAUCAGCUUGUUUGGAAUAGGUAGAACAACUAAACAUUUGACGGGGUUAUGGAGUCAAUUCUUUAACGUGUUCUUCAUUUUCUUCGGUGUUAUCCUAACGACGCGAGUGUAUAUGUGGGUUGGCUUUAUCGGCGUCAAUCUUGUCAACAUCUUCUUGAAAAGAGCAAAAGAAAUCGUGAACUAUAAGUGGAUACCACGCCAAAAAUUUCAAAUUGUCGUCCUGUCUUUUGCAUUGUUGGUUACAUAUGCUAUCAUAUGUGCAACUAUUACCACCAUAUUUUCAAACAAGACGUUUUCAUUUCACUUGGUCUACACGUGGCUCAUGAUAAUGUUUUGUCUUUCAGAUGAAAAUCUUCUCGCGCAUGCGUAUAAAAACAAACCGGCUGACAUCAUUGUCCCGAUAUUCUUAGUUGUUGUUGGUUUUACUUUCACAAGCACGUUAAUAGCAGCGUUAAUAAACGUUAAAUAUCGAUUGACUUACACGCUUAAAAAAACUAUCGUGAAAAGCAAGAAAGGGAAAAUGCAAGGUUGUCUAGUGUAACAAGGAAUAAGAAAUAAAAAAGAAAGAAAGCUGGAGUUAAUAGGACUUACUUUCAAGCGAGGAACAUCUAUCAGAAGAACGCAUCUAUGAAAAAAAUAUUUAAAUCAAAUUAUUAUCAAAUUUAUCGAUUAUUUUUUGGUCUUGUCAAGACCAAAGAAUAAUCUGCAUUAACACGUACGAAAAGGUACAAAGUAGCAUAUAAUAUAGACUUACUUUUGACAGAGAGAUAUGUUCUCUGGUUUAAUAUUUACAAAGAUUGGAAUAAGUAAAAUCCAGGGAAGCAUCCUAGUAUAUCAAGACAUUUUAAAUAAACGCUAAAUACAGUGAGAAAGUAGCUCAAUGUGUUACUGUAAUAGCAUGCUUAUACGCGUGCGCGUAUAUCUGUUUGUUUAUUGAUUUUAAAAUGAUUAAUAAUCCAUAAUGGCGGAUUAAAAAUAAACAAUAAACAUACCAGGAAGUUAAAUAUAAGAAAUUUUUGAUUUUUUGUUCAUGUGUUGUUUCCAUCAACUGUAGGAAAAAAUAUAAGAAAGUUAUACAACUAAAAUGGGGCAAUGUACCCCCACAAGCUUUUCAGCUGUAACUUUCAGACUGAGUAAAUGAAUUCGUCAAAUUUUUUCAUUUUUCUAAUAAUUUAUUAGAAACAGAAGAAACAGCUUUUAAGUGGUUUUUUAUAGAAUCCAUCCCAAAACAAACAAAAACAAAGCGUAACAAAAAUGAUGAACUCGUUUUUUUUUAGAAAAAAUAGCAAGAAAAAAAACUAGUUAACAAGGUAUAGGGAAUAAAAGUUAUUGUAGAGAUAUGAAGUUUAAAAUGAUCUGUUUUUAACCACAGAUAAACCUCAAAUUACAAGGUGCCAGGUUGCAGCCCGGUAUGUGCAGACCUUAACUUCUUUACCGCAACCUCCCUGGUCGAGCGCUAAGGAAAAGGAAGAAGACGUUCUCUCCGUUCGGCCGAUAUUACCAAUAAGCUAACUAACUCAACUUAACCUCAGGAAUUGAAAAAUUAAUAAUACAUGAAUUAAGAAAAGAGGAAAAUUUUCUUAUCUACUUAGUCUUCAGAUAUUUCGAACAAGAAUUUUUCAUUUAAACUCUUAGAUUUUUAGGUAGAUUGCAGACACACCGGCUUUCAUUCUCUAAUAAUAUUAAUCAAUUUUGUUUAAUCAUUCAGACUUUAGCAGAAUUAUUAGUUUACAGUGAAAUUCACUCUUUAUGUAUUAUUAUUCCUUUAUGUUAAUUUUUAGGAUCAUAAUAGAACUUUAGUACAAG